AUGGAGAACGUGUCGAGAAGUUUCUUUAUGGACUCUUUGCUGGGAAACAGUGCCGCCAACAACGGGCCUAAAAAACCCCAAAACGUGAAGUGUUUACCGUACUUUCCCCCCAGAGAGGUCGCCGUUAACCCGAUGAUCCCUUACAACCAGAACUACAUAAGCAGCUACUUGUUCUCGCUCAACUUGGCUCAGCAGCACUUGCACCGACCCAAGGUCCCUUUGAGGCCGGUUCCUCGCGUUGCACCCUCACUCGUUUUACCUCCAAUUGCCCCUGCAGCAUCAGCAUCUCCCGUGAGUAGCAGAGAUUCUACUCCAUCACCUCCAAUAGCUUCUGCAGGGAAAUCCACUUCACCCAAAGACAGCUCGAGUAAAAGAAUCAGAACGGCCUUCACCUCCACUCAGCUAUUGGAGCUGGAGCGAGAGUUCUCGGCCAACAUGUACCUCUCGCGUUUGAGGAGGAUCGAGAUAGCGACGUGCCUGCAACUGUCGGAGAAACAGGUGAAGAUCUGGUUCCAGAACAGGCGGGUCAAGUACAAGAAGGAGGAUUCACCCUUGGGGCUAACGGGAACCAAAUGCAACUGCUUGAGGAGCUGCUCGAGUCACAACGGGAGGAGUGCGAAGAGUUCGACCUCCAGCUGCGAGGACGUGAUUGACGUCACGAAUUUGGACGGGGAGGCGUGA